GGUAGGUAUAACUCCAAUCCCACAAGCACGAAGAUACAUCCAUCUCAGAGCUGCUUCUCAUGCCGAACACAUCCAAAGCCACCAGAUAUGUCGCGAUCGAAACUCGUCGGCUCAUCUUGCGCACGCCCACUCUCUCCGAUGCCCCUGCAUACGCCGCAUUGUUCAGCAACCCACUCAACUACGAGCACGAGCCACACAAACCGAGCAACCCAUCCGUAGAGCACUACGAGCGGGUCCUCUCGUCGUUCAUCGAGGGAACACACAAGAGGAAGAGCGCUGUACUCACUAUUUGUUUGAAGGAUGGGGAGGAGAUCAUCGGCACGGGCGGGUUCAACUCCAUAUUUACUCGGAAGCCAGGGAACGUACGAAUUGGAGAUGCUGGGUUCAUGAUCGAUAGUGCGCACUGGCGGAAGGGUUACGCGAAGGAGGCCGUCGCAGCCAUGCUCGACUGGGCCUUUAUUCCUAGCAGUCUGGCUCGCCGUGGUCAACCUGCCAUCGACGUCGUGGUCUUUGAAUCCCUGGCCGCCAAUGACCGCAUCAAAGGCUUACUCUCGGGCUGCUUUGGUUUCCAAGCAACUCUUCGAGACGGAGGCUUUGGUGCCGAACAAGUCUGGGAGAUCACGCGGGCCGACUGGCUGAAAAGGAGCACGAUGAUGGGGUUGCCUGACGGGGAUAUUCCAUUCCCUGCAAGCUUAAGACCUGAUCCACAAGCCGCAGGCACGUAAGCGCUCUCCGACCUGCCCAUACGCCAACCAGCAGCCUUUCUGCACGAGCUUGUCCAGGUGUCGCUAAAAUGAAGGGGUAUGAUGUGGGUCGAGCAACGCUACGGCAGCACAAUUUCAUACGCAGACGAAGGAUGUAUCAUAUCAGACGGUUGUUGACUUACCUACCGGAUGCCACAGUAAAAUAUCCCUGCCUGGGAUCUAAUCCAUGGCGCCCGAUAUUAAAUAUCCGUUGUCCUUAACCACAGGGUUGCUAGAAGGCCAGUCUGCCGCGGGGUAAUAGUAUAGUAUUUGUGGCUCUGUCAUGAAUGGCUUAUAGAAUUCAGCGAUCCGCA